AAUUUUUGAAUGGGGUGGGAAAUGAGUUAGAUGUCACAGAAGGGCAAAAAUACAGGCGGCCAUACGAAGGUGGGAAACGUCAUCGUUAGUGAUUUUUUUUACAUUUUUACCCACCAGAAAAACGCGCGAUUUUAGAGGCUCAGGGGUAUUUUUGUCUACAUAAGCUUCCUAGUACCGGCAACCGGAACAAACUUUAUAUUGUUAUAAGGCAUCCCAAGUGCAGCAAAAAACGGCGCCGGUCACGAGAGUCACAUCCGCCAUAUGGCGGCAAAUCGUCCCCUUCGCUUUCCGUUCAAAAACCCUAAUACAUGCGUCAAAUCCUCCCGAAAUUCAUUGUCGGUGCCAUUUUCUAGAACAUAUACCAUCGGACGUUCGAAGAUCAAGAACCGCAUUGCGUGCGAGAUCAAGAAUUUCGAGAAUUCUUAUCAGUGGACUAUCGAAAGCGUUCCUGGUACUGAUCCUUUUUGCUCAAUUCAAAACUCUGCUUCUACUUCGAAUUCCAUACCAAUGGCUGCUGCUUCGACCGCCGCGGCGGCGGCGGCUUUGGAAUUGACUUCUAAAACUGAAGCCAAGAGGAUCUGCCUAUUUUUUUGCGCGGAGACGAAAAUUCUCGCGGAGAAAAUCGCUGCCGAGUCUGAUGGAAUUGAGCUACGUAGUAUCUCAUGGAGGAAGUUCGAAGAUGGAUUUCCGAACAUAUUUAUACCUAAUGCUCAAGGAAUUCGUGGACGGCAUGUGGCUUUUCUGGCAUCCUUCAGUUCACCAGCUGUAAUCUUCGAGCAACUCUCCGUUAUUUAUGCACUGCCGAAAUUGUUCAUCUCCUCAUUUACGCUUGUUCUUCCCUUCUUUCCAACUGGAACUUUUGAGCGUAUGGAGGAUGAAGGAGAUGUUGCAACAGCUUUCACUCUCGCUCGCAUCCUAUCGAAUAUACCAAUUUCAAGAGGAGGACCGACGAGCCUUGUGACUUUUGACAUUCAUGCCUUGCAGGAGAGGUUUUACUUUGGGGACAAUAUUUUACCUUGCUUUGAAAGUGGAAUUCCUUUGCUAAAAUAUAGGCUGCAGCAGUUGCCAGAUUCUGACAAUAUAGCAAUUGCUUUUCCUGAUGAUGGAGCAUGGAAAAGAUUUCAUAAACAGCUGCAGCAUUUUCCUACGAUCGUAUGUGCCAAAGUUCGGGAAGGAGACCAAAGAAUUGUGCGACUAAAGGAGGGAGAACCGAAAGGACGGCAUGUUGUGAUUGUUGAUGAUUUGGUUCAGUCAGGUGGAACUCUGAGAGAGUGCCAGAAAGUGCUGGCUGCACACGGAGCAGCAAAAAUCAGUGCCUAUGUGACACAUGGGAUUUUUCCAAAUAGAUCGUGGCAACGCUUUGAACAUGAUAAUGGAGGGCAUCCCGAGAACGGGCUUACCUAUUUCUGGAUUACUGAUUCGUGCCCAUUGACUGUUAAAGAAGUAGCAAAUAAAGCUCCUUUUGAAGUUCUCAGUCUUGCCGGUUCUAUAGCUGCUGCGCUUCGUAUAUAGUAUGUAUGUUUGAAGCCAUUUUGGAUAGCGAGAUCAACAUGUGAGCUUCUGCUUCAGUCUUGCCUUUCAUUUCCUUUCAAGUUUUUUAUGUUUUAUGUAAUGACGUAUAUUAUCAUGUUUGCUUUUUACUAGCAUAUAAUUUUUGUUUGGAUUUUGACUUUUGAGUUGCUAUGCACAAAUGAUGAUCUACCUACAAAAGUGGGUUACUGUUGUCUUUUUAUAGACACGGAGCAGUGCGACGGUUUCUUCCUCAUAAAUGAAAGUUGAAGCAUCUGCAUAUCAAA